AUGACGAGGGUUGUAGUUACAGGGAUAGGGAUAAUUUCGCCAUUGGGCGUGGGAUUGAGCCAUAAUUGGAAACGACUCAUUGCAGGAGACUCCGGUAUCAUCUCCACGACCCAGCUACCGAACUACAUCCAAGACGGGUGGGACAAGAUCCCCUCGAAAGUCGUGGGCAAAGUACCUUCUGGUUCGAUUGCAGACGGAAAAUGGGAUGUAACUGACUAUUUCGCCAAGUCAGAGGCUAGGAGACUAGCCGAGUUCAGUCAAUACGCAAUGGCAUGUACGCAGGACGCGUUACGAGAUUCAAAUUUACUCGAAGCAUCAUCAUCAACAACAACAACACUUCAAGAUGAAGUUUGCAUCAAAGACAAGAGACGCAUUGGAGUUGCCGUUGGAAGCGGCAUAGGCUCAUUCGGUGAUAUAUGCAACAACACUCAAGCGUACCUUGAAGCAGGAUAUAAAAAGGUGCAACCGCUAUUUAUUCCUCGUCUCCUCAACAAUAUGGCUGCGGGCAACAUCUCCAUCAAGUGGGGGCUCAAAGGUCCCUUGCAUUCAGUCUCGACUGCAUGCGCCACGGGUCUACAGGCAAUCGGCGACGCCUACAACUUCAUCAAGAUGGACUAUUCCGACGUAAUGAUAUGCGGCGGCACCGAGAGCUCGAUCCAUCCGCUUGCAUUAUCAGGGUUCGCCAGAGCAAGAUCGGUCGUGACUGAUUUCAACGAUGCUCCUCACUUAGCAAGCCGACCAUUCGAUAAGCAGCGCAAUGGGUUUGUGCUAAGUGAAGGGUGUGGCGUUAUGGUGAUUGAAAAAUUGAGUCAUGCUCUCGAGCGUGGAUUGACUUCCGACGACAUCUACGGCGAGAUUUUGGGUUACGGAGUCUCGGGCGAUGCUCAUCACAUCACGGCGCCGAGAGAAGAUGGCGAAGGUGCAUAUAACGCCAUGAACCAAGCGUUGACGCGCGCUCAGAUCGACCCCUUGAUGAUCGACUACGUCAAUGCUCACGCUACCUCGACUGUGAUUGGAGACCGCGCGGAAAACAACGCCAUGAACAAGCUCUUUGCGGAGCAAACGUUGGUUUCCUCGACGAAAUCCUCAGUAGGCCACUUGUUGGGUGCUGCUGGUGCCGUCGAGUCGAUAUUCACUGUGAAUGCCAUCAAGACAGGCCAAGUUCCGCCAACUUUGAACUUGGACGAUGCUGGCGGUCAUGCAGAUGACGAUUCGCUGCAGUUCAAGUUUGAUUACGUUGCUAAUCGAGCGCGCUUGGGGGUAGACUUGAACUAUGCCGUUUGCAACUCGUUUGGGUUUGGUGGCGUUAAUAGUAGUUUGGUGUUUGGUAAGUUUAAGUUGUGA